AUGUCAAAAGUGCCACGCAUUUUACUUCAACUGUUUCUUCUGAGUCUGGCUCAGUAUGCCUUUCAAGAGCCUAAAACGUUUGAGGAUGGUAUGCCGGUGUCAAUCACUUGCGAGUUGGAAAAGCAGUCCCAGGUUCUUUGGUUUCGCGUCACGGAGAGCGGGAUGGAGGUCAUUGCAUCUGUCGGCAGUAAAGGAGAGGUAAAGCAUUUGCACAAAGGCAUGACGUUCAGAGAUGGAGACAAGAAAAGGAUGGGUAUUACAAACUUUAAUAAGACCCAGGACAGCGGGGUUUACGGCUGCACACACAUUCAGAGCACUGCAAUGACCUUCGGGAAAACCACAACCCUCCAGGGACUACCUGAUCCGACCACUAGGCCGGCUCCACCUGUAACAACUCCCAUGCCCAACAUCACAACAGGAACGCCCUGUACAUGCAAAACAGUGACCAGGAAAGCUGACUCAGCAGGCAACUGUAAUACGGCGAUUUGGGCCCCGCUGGCAGGCGGCUGCUUCCUCCUCCUCCUCGUCCUCAUCUUCACCAUCCGUCACUGCAGCCGAAUCCGAACGAGGGGGUGCCCACACCACUACAAAAGAAGGUGA